AUGUUCAUCAUCAAAGGGACACUCUCAUUAAAUAUUAAUACUAACAGCACCAAUGUUGAUAGUUCUCUUAGCACUACUUAUUUACCAAAGUCUUUAAAUGACAAGCUCUGGUUGUUGCAGGUCUUGGUUGGGGUUUUCCUUUAUGUGAACAGCUUGAUGAUAUUCACAUUUUUGAAAAAGAGGGCUUUUAGAGAAGAAACUCGAUACAUUUUAUUUGCACAAACCCUAUUUGUGGACUCUGCUCUUAUGCUGUUAACUGAUUUGCUUUCGAUUGGAAAUUACUUCCAGUAUGUCAUUCACAUAAUUCCUUGUAGUAUCAUUUGUACAAUUUUGACCUUGCUUACCUGUUGCACACCUCUGACUCUGGUGGCUAUGUGUCUGGAACGCUAUGUGGCUAUAUGCAUGCCUUUGAGACAUGCUGACAUCUCCACAAGCAGGACCAGAUUAUAUGGGAUUUUAAUUAUAUGGAGUAUCAGCUCUAUAAUUCCACUGUUCAGCUUAAUAGGAUACUGGGCAGUAGCCCCACCUGCUUCUAGGUUCUCCAAUGUGGUGUGUUAUGCAGAGCUAAUGUUGGGGGAAGCAUGGCAGGCACAUGGACGUGCUAUCAUUUUUAUUAUUCUUUUCCUAUUGUUGAUCAUUAUUAUUGUCUUCACCUACAUCAAGAUAAUGAUUGCAGCCAGAGCUGCUUCCAAUGAGAAAAGGAAGUCAACCAGUAAGAGUUUAAAAACCGUGCUGCUUCAUGCAUUUCAGUUGCUUCUGUGCAUGAUCCAAUUUUUAAACCCAUAUAUAGAAAUGGCAUAUUGGAAGGUUGAAGAAAAUAUUUUUCGGAAUGUGAAAUAUUCUGUGUUCAUUGUUUUUAUGAUUGCCCCUCGUUGUCUCAGUCCAUUAAUUUAUGGUCUCAGAGAUGAAAAUUUCUUUCAUGUUUUAAGACAUUAUGCUAUGUGUGGUACCAACGGCCUUUUCUCAACCUUGCUUGAAAUCAAACAAUUGCAAAUUAGACCGAUUUUAAAUCAUUAA